UCGCAGCGCCCGUCGCCUCGCAGGGGUCUGUCACAGAGCCUUGUCAUUCUGAUCCAGGGAACCCUGGGUUCCUCCCCCAGAGCGCCUGGCAGAAAUGUCUAAUGCAAAAGAAAGAAAACAUGCUAAGAAAAUGAGAAACCAACCCACCAAUGUGACUUUAUCCUCUGGCUUUGUGGCUGAUAGAGGCAUAAAGCACCAUAAUGAAGGGAGAAAACCUUUCCAAGCUCAAAAGCAAGAGCGUCUUUCUGGAACUUCACGACAAUGGCAAAGCAAAUUGACCCACCAUUCACCACCUGAACCCAAUGUGAAUGAGCAGUCUUCCUCCAAAGUAAUGUUUAAAAAAAGGGGGGGAUGGAAAGCAGGUGCCGAAGGCACUUCUCAGGAGAUUCCCAAAUAUUUAACUGCUUCCACUUUUGCUCAAGCCCGAGCUGCUGAAAUCAGUGCUAUGUUGAAAGCGGUGACCCAGAAGUCUUCUAACUCACUGGUUUUCCAGACUCUGCCACGGCACAUGAGGCGAAGAGCCAUGAGCCACAAUGUCAAACGCCUUCCUAGGCGGUUACAGGAGAUGGCCCAGAAAGAGGCAGAGAAAGCAGUACAUCAGAAAAAAGAACAUUCAAAAAAUAAAUGCCACAAAGCUCGAAGAUGUCACAUAAACCGGAUGCUAGAAUUUAACCGUAGACAAAAGAAGAACAUCUGGUUAGAAACUCACAUCUGGCAUGCCAAACGAUUUCACAUGGUCAAGAAGUGGGGCUACUGCCUUGGGGAGAGGCCGACAGUCAAGAGCCACAGAGCCUGCUACCGAGCCAUGACAAACCAUUGCCUCCUCCAGGAUUUUUCCUACUACUGUUGUUUGGAGUUGAAAGGCAAAGAGGAAGAAAUACUAAAGGCACUUUCUCCAAUGUGUAGCAUAGACACAGGACUGACUUUCGCAGCAGUGCACUGCUUGUCUGGAAAGCGCCAAGGCAGUCUCGUUCUUUACCGGGCAAAUAAGUAUCCCAGAGAAAUGCUGGGGCCUGUUACAUUUAUUUGGAAGGCUGAGAGGACCCCUGGCAACACUUCCAAGAGCAGGCAGCUGUGGAUCUGGCUUCAUCCAACUCUUAAAUGGGAUAUUUUAGAGGAAAUAAAAACAGUGUGCCAGUGUAUGGAACCCAUCAAAUCAACUGUCUGCAUCCCUGACCCCCUUCUGAUACCAUCCCAAGAAAAAAGCCAAACUGAACUGCCUGAUGAGAAAAUGGGCAAGAAAAGAAAAUGGGAAGCUGAUGGAGAAAAUACUAAACCAAUCAAAAAAGUUAUAGGUGAUGGAACUAGAGAUUCACAUCAACCAUAUAAUUGGAUCUCUGCAACCACAGGCAUAAUAGUCAGUGAUUUGACAAUGGAGAUGAACAGGUUCCGGCUGAUAGGUCCACUUUCCCACUCCAUCCUCACUGAGGCGCUCAAAGCUGCUUGUGUCCAUACCGAGGGAGAGGACACAGAUAAGACACCUCACCAUUGGUGGAUUGAAACCUGUAAAAAUCCUGGGAGUGUUUCUCUUCAUCACAGACAAGAAGCCAUUUUUGAACUGUUGGGAGGAAUAACGUCUCCAGCAGAAAUUCCAGCAGGUACUAUUCUGGGACUGACAGUUGGGGAUCCUCGAAUAAAUUUGCCUCAAAAGAGGUCCAGAGUUUUGCCCAAUCCAGAAAAAUGGCAAGAUACUGAGAAAGUUAGACAGCUGCUUCUGGAGGGCGUGCCUGCGGAGUGUACACAUAGCUUUAUUUGGAACCGGGCUAUCUGUAAGAGUGUCACAGAGAAUAAAAUCUCAGAUCAGGAUUUAAACUGGAAGAGAAGUGAAUUGCUGGUGCCUGGGUCACAACUUGUUUUAGGUCCCCAUGAGUCCAAGAUACCUAUACUUUUGAUUCAACAGCCAGGAAAAGUGACUGGUGAUGACCGACAAGGCUGGGGAAGUGGCUGGGAUGUCCUGCUUCCAAAGGGCUGGGGCAUGGCUUUCUGGAUUCCAUUUAUUUAUCGAGGUGCAAGAGUUGGAGGAUUGAAAGAGGCUAUAUUGCAUUCUCAGUAUAAAAGGUCACCUUAUAUCCCAGGUGAUUUCCCAGACUGCCAAGCUGGGAUAUUGUUUGCUGAAGAGCAAGCUAAGGAUCUUCUUGAAAAGUACAAAAGACGCCCUCCUGCAAAACGGCCCAACUAUGUUAAGUUUGGCACUCUGGCCCCUUUCUGCUCUCCCUGGGAGCAGUUAACUCGAGACUGGGAAUCGAGAGUUCGGGCCCAAGAGGAAUCAUCUGUAGCUUCCUCUCCGAGUGGUGAGGAGGGUGACUUGAAGCGAGUUGAGGUGCCCUGUGCGUCCACGCCUGAAAACACUCAUCGGUGGUCUGAUGAAGUGGGUACGUCCCUAAGUGACUCCAGUGAGCCCGAAGGAGUAACGAUGGACACAGGGUGUCCAGCCCAGGCUGCAGAGUGGAUAACGGGCCAGGAUACUGCUGGGAGGCUCCUCUGCGUUCUUAGGAGUAGAAAAUCACUGAAACAACUGUCAGCCUGGUGUGGGCCCAGUGCUGGGGACAGCUGGGCAGCCCGGCGAGCUCCAGCUAGAAGGCAGCAAGAACUGACCAGAGAGGCCUGUCUGUCCAUUUUGAACUGCUUUCCCAGGGCCCUGGUAUGGGUCAGCUUGUCCCUGCUCAGGAAGGGCAGCCCUGAGCCACACACCAUGAUCUGUGUCCCAGCCAAGGAGGACUUCCUCCAGCUCAGUCAGGAUCGGCUCUAUUGUGGACCUAAGGAAGCCAAGCACAGUGACCCAUUCAGAAGCAAGAUACAGAAAGAGAAAGAAAAGAAGAAAAUAGAGAAGAGGCAGAUGCGAGGACAUGCUGCAUCUGAGGGCCUGGCAAGGGGGGAUUCUGCAGCCAGGCACUGCGCUCUGACCCUCGGCUUAUGGGCAGGCCCUCUCCCCGUUGUGACUUCUCACUGCUCCAGAGCUCUCCUUGGCUUUGUCACACAGGGAGAUUUUUCCAUGGCUGUUGGCUGUGGAGAAGCCCUGGGGUUUGUUAGUUUGACAGGUUUGCUGGAUAUGCUGUCCAGCCAGCCAGCCACAGAGAGAGGCCUGGUAUUGCUGCGGCCUCCUGCCUCUCUGCAAUAUCGGUUUGCAAGGAUUACUGUGGAGGUAUAAAAGCCACUUUACACUCUUGCAGAGUAGAGGUAAUAACUGUUUGCCGAUCCCCACCAUUGGGGGUUUUUGUUUUUUUGCUGCCUUCUGUUUCGAAAUAUCAUGUGAAAUUCCUUGGAAACAGGAAUAAAAAAGCAUUAUGUAUUAUGCAAAUGAUGAAAUUUUUAUAUCAUUCCAGUAAUAUUCUAUCUUUCCCUGUCCUUGCUGUAAUGCUUCAAAAUUAUUUGGCAUAUAUUGCCAAAAGCUUUUAUAUUUUGAUCUCUUUCCUUGAUCUUUAUAAGUCUUUCUGAAAAUAACUCAAAGCCCUACAUUUGCUCAUCCCCUUUUUUAUUAGUAACAAAGGGCUGUCGAGUAUAUUUGAAAAACCUUGUAGUCAUGUGACAAGCAACAAUGGUUGUUUAAUGAUUUGUUACACAAGAGGAAGACUACAAACAUCUGGCCUCUGUACAUGAAAUAUGGGCCCCUGUCUGGGCCACGUUCAAUUCUGUACUGUAAUCAGCAUGCCUAACACUUUACAGCAUAAAGAAGAAAAUCAUGGAAAAUUUAUUGCUGCCUGUUUCCAGGCAGGCUUGGUUUAUGGCAAGAAUGUUGGGAUAGAAUUAGGAAGGGGGCCUGAUUUGUACUGACCCCUUAUCCUCUUUGCUGUUGACCAAUAUGUGAUCCUAGGAGUUAAUUUUUCUGUGCUUUUUGUUUCUGUAAAGAAUUUCUCAAAGCCGUAGAGGAGCAUUUCUCAAAAGAUGUUUCAUGAAACGUGUUAUCAAAAAAAAAAAAAAAACAAGAUUCUGAGGUCAGAUUGAUUUGGGAUACUGUGGGUUAGACAUUGAAGCGUUUCUUUUUAAAGGACUUCUAGAACCUUCCACGUGAUAAUGUGCAUUGUUAAUCCCCAGGAAGUGGAUAAUACCCUACAGUAUUUCCUAAAUCUUUUUGAUUCCAAAGCUCUAUUUCAAGGAGCACUCUGUAGGGCCAGUGUUUUAAGAACAUGCUUUGGGGGAUGCAGCUGCACAGUGCAUUGCUUACCUCUGCAAGGUGAUGAUGAGAAUGACCAGCUGCUUUUAAACAUGAAGGCCGGCUCGUCCGGGGUGUGAAAGAGGUCUCAUCCUCUCCAUAGAAAGGGUGGCAUCAUCAUUGCCUUUUUUCACUCACAGAGGAAGAGGUGCUCAUUACCUUUGAGUUGCUGUGUAUAUCUCACUCAGUCCCUUAUUUUCCCACCAUAAACUUGUAGCAGAGCUUGAGUGGGAUUUUCAGAAAAAAUGUAAAUGUACAGUUAGGUGUUAUUCCUUGUAGAUGCACUGACUUUUCUCUCCUUGGGUGGUAAAUGCCUUUGGAGAUGAUGCUUUGAGGUGGGAUAGAGCACAUGUUACAAUACAGCAGCCAAUGAAACCCCUGAUGUUUCUUCUCUCACCAUGCCUUGGAACGCAUUUGUGUCCAACCCAAAUGAGACUGCAACAAAUAGUGUAACUUAAUGGUGUCUGUACUCAGAAUAAAUUAAAAUGUCACCUGA